AUGUCAAACAUGCAAUCCUGCCCUGGUGGAGGUCGAUUCCAAGUCUGCCAUUUGAGGAAUCGGUUCGUAGGGUGUUGCAGCACUUCAGCGUGCACUGAUGGCUGUCCGCAUGAUGAUUUGAGGCCAGCGAGCUUCAAUCCACAUAUUAGAUCUCAGAAUCAAGACUGCCGCCAAGGCGGCCUUUGGUACAACUGCCUUUUCACAAAUUCACCGGGGUUCAUGGGCUGUUGCAAGAGCAACCCAUGCUCUGAUGGCUGUCCGCCAGGAAAUCUCACCGAGAGCUUUCUCGCCUUUAAUUCGAGCGACGAUUUCGAUUUCGGUUUCCUGUCGGCUAUCGGGGCUUCAAUUCCAAGCACGACGUCCUCUUCAAUUAGCAGCUUUGCGUCGUCCCCUACGUCCAUCAAUACAGCAGACACACCUGCAGGGGCGAAUACAGUAGCUUCUGCUGCGCAGGGCUUCCAUACUUCAAUCUCACUCUCUGGUAGCGCGACAACGGUAAAUGCAGCGGGCCAGUCAGUAAUCCAUGCUGUUACAUCUCCUCCAAAGUCAAACACUGCCGCAAUUGCUGGAGGUGUAGUGGGAGGCAUCGUCGGUCUAGCUCUUCUACUUGCACUUCUCACCAUACAUCGUCGCUGGCGAACCACUCGACCACUGCAAGAUGUGGGUGAGGGGAGAUCACCGACAUGGGGCUCGGGCAAUGCUCGUUCCUUGCAAUCCGGUGAAGCUGAGCUAGAGGAGAUGAAGCAAGGGCCUUCUCCAACAUCUUCAACUUUGCUUCCGCCUUCGCCUUUACCCUCGCCUUUACCGCCGCCACCUGCCUACACACCAUACAGAUCGCACGGCAAUGAGCUAGAUAGGUCAUCCAACCUUUCCCAGCCAUCCGCUAGUUCUCCGUAUCCCUCUCACGACCUUGUGUCUCCAGAGUCGCCACCUUCGCCUCCGCCGCUGAACACUCGCCUUUCCCAACAUUCAACGGAUCAACACUCGGACGAACGGAGCGUGUCGCCGAUAUCAUCACACUACCAGCAUCAACCAUUUGAUGAGACUGGAGGCCCGGAGUCGAGUAUGUACUCGGAGUUCUCGUCAAGCGAACUGCUCCACACUCACAGCGUGCGACCAUGA